AUGUCCAGAUUCCUUUCUCUUCUUUGUCUCACUUCCAUCUAUCACAUUGUCACCAUUUCUGCGCGAGUGCCCAUUGAUAUCGACAAAUUCGUCAAACCGCUUCAAAAUGGGGAACUUUAUGGAGAGGACAAGGAAGCUCCAUUCCGUCCUGAAAUCGAUGAUCCGAUUCAUAUGGACGAGGUGACUGAUGAGGCUGAGAGGUUGGAGGCUGAAGAAUAUGGAAUGGAAGAAGAGGGAAAUGAUAUGGAAAUGUUGAGGAAGAAGAGGCAUUGUUGUGUCUGCGAUUGUGAUUGUCAUAGAGUUGACAUGCCAAAAGCCAGGAGUGAAAUCAAACUGCAUAAACACAAGAGAGCGAUUCACGGAGAGGAAAUCUUUCCAGAGAGGGAGAAGAUGGCCGAUCCGUUGAAAGUUCUUCGCGAUUACGCUCAGGGGAAACGCGGUUUCAAGGAAAUCACACAGGGAGACGAGAGCUUCUACCUUUUUGACGACAUCGCCUAUGAGAAGAACACGAAGACAAAUCUGUGCGUUUACGGAAAGGAAAAUGAUUACUAUACGCUCGAGUCGCUUUAUUUCAUCUGGGAACGCCGAGAAAUUCCCCAUCCAGCCUAUGUGAAAGAAGCAGCUGGAAAGGGAAUCCGAGCUGUCACUCGGCCUGAUCGUCGUGACCUGCUUGACUAUUUGCGAGGUGAGCGAGCCGAACCGCCGACAAAUUUUGAUCGUCUUGCACAAGCAGCCACUCCCAUUCCUGUGUCAAGAUUUCAGGAAUUUGAACCGGAAAGAAAACGUCAAAAGCUUGACACGGCUGCUCCAGGAAUUGCUCCAAGAAUAGAAGAAUUGCUCCGAGAAGAUGGUCCAUCAACUGCAACUGAAGAUGAAACAAAUCUGCGUGCUCUCAGCGACAAUCUCACGGCUGAUAAAAUUGCUGCACUUCGAAAGAAGAAACAAAACCAUCAGAAAAGGACAACAACGGCUGCGCUAGAUGAUAUUGAAAUGACGACAAUACCAACAGAACCAACCACACAACGUGAUCCAGAACUGCUGAAAAGGGAACGCGUUUGGCGAACAAGGAACAAUUGUCUAGAAGCUCAACAAAAACAUUUCUCAUCCGUUCUCCAACUUUUACAAGGCAUUAAGAUGCGCGAGGAGACUGAAGCUAGAAAUAAGGCUCUGGGAAUUAACACACAAGCUCAACAACAAGCUAAACAGGAUCCAAAUCGCCUGAAACGAGGUCAAGUUGGCUAUUCACGUUACGACCAGGAACAAUUCAACAAAGAUGAAGUCGGUUUUGAUGCUGAUUUGACUUUUGUCGGCGCUAAUCUGAAGAAUAUGCCCGACAAGAAAGCGGUCACUGGAGUUCCAUUGGCUCCUCGUGGCGCUAAACAAUCCUCAUCACCGGUUGUUUCUUCUACUACCGAUGGCAACACUUUGAAGAAGCGUACCUCAAGAACGCCAAUUAUUAUCAUUCCCGCCUCGACAAAUUCCAACUCAAUCAUCUCUAUGUACAACGUUCGUGAAGUGUUACAGGACAUGACUUUCGUGACUACUGAAAAGAAGAAAUUGGAAGGGAAACGAGAAAAUGAGGUGUUGGUGCAACGUCGUAAAGGAGGACAAACGGUGCCUUACCGAGUCGUGGACACUCCACAAAGGCUGACAAGUGAGGAAUGGGAUCGAGUGGUGGCCGUCUUUGCUUUGGGUCCCACUUGGCAAUUCAAGGGAUGGCCGCGGUGGAACGGGAAUCCGGCGGAAAUCUUUGCCAAUGUGGCUGGAUUUCAUCUCACCUAUGACAAUUUACAAGUGGAUCAGAAUGUGGCUCGAUGGUCGGUAAAAGUGAUUGCUUUGAGUCGAGAUAAACGCCACUUGGAUCGAGCGAGACUACAGGUCUUCUGGGAUAUUCUCGAUCGUCACAUCGCAAUGAAUCGGCCACAGCUUCGUUUU